CAGCUGGGAGCACAUUUUACUUUGAUCAUCUGUAUUUUCUCACCUCAACUCAACUAUCAGAGAGAGUGCUGGUGGUAGAGUUAGAACACCUCUGUUUUUUUCCAAUUCUGCGACCGUAGACCCUUUCCCUUGAAAUUCAGAGCUGAACUGUGAAAAAUUAAUACAUUCUAAAGGCGCACAAACAUGGUUCUCACUAAUUUCAAUGGUUCCGGUGUCGGAUUCGGAUUUGGUGCUGGUUGUGGUUUCGGAUUCGGCUGGGGUUUCGGAGGUAUGCCACUGGGUUUCUUGGGUCUCGGAGCAGGUGGAGGCUGUGGAGUUGGGCUUGGCCUCGGAUGGGGAUUUGGCACUGCCUUUGGCAGUCAUUAUCGAACUACAAAAACUACAUUUAAAGGCACUGAUUUCAAUAGUAAGAGUGAAAGCGAUAGUAAACCAUCAACUGACUACUCAAAGAUUACCUCCUCUCAGAAGGUUAUUCGUGCUGAAGAGUAAAUAUUUGUCUCUUCGAUUCUGUGUCAAAAGCAGUGAAAGAAGAUCUUGGUUCAGAGUUGGCUUUAAUUUGAUUUGGGGAUCUUUUAUAGUCCAGUUGUUGUGUUUGCGAUGGGUUUUACCUUCUUUCCUAUCAGGCAGAGCAUGUGUGCAAUGAGUGUAGCACAGUAAAAAUUGGAUUCAGGCGGGGAGAUUCUUCUAACAUGGCAAUUUUGGUUCUUAUAUGACAACCUAACUUUAUA